GCGUCGUGACAACCGGGCGUGAGCGUUGUAUCCCUGGCCCUUUUCCUACUUCCUGCCUCCUUCGUACACGCUUUUGAUUCCUUUCACAAUCCCAUGACGUGCGGCUAGUGUCGCCUAUCCAUUUGAAUCAUGAUCCAAUUCACUAUUUCAUAUCACGAUUUGCACUUACGUGCGACGCACUUUUCCGAGAUAUGCAAGCGCAGUUCGCAAAUCUUACCCCGUAAUAGCGCUAGCGAAACUGAAUCAUGUUAUACGAGUGUAACAUAGGUGUCCCGACAAACACCAUGCUGCCAAAUGACCAGCGAUCAACACUGCCCUCCAUCGGCUUUCUCUUCCAAAUUUCGAUGAACGAGUCGAUAAUGAAGAUGAUCAUUUUAAAGGCGGGAAAUCUUAUUAUACUACUUUCUUCAUUUUUAUUUGUCAUUUGGAACAACGUUUCUUAAAGUUUUCUAAGUUAAAACCCGCUUUUAAAGAUUGUAAUUUUUCGCUACCGUUUGGAAUGCAUUAUUUUCUAAAGUACCAAAAUUCAAAAAAAUUAAAAGUCCUGAAGUUCCAAAACUCUGAAAUCCUAAGCUUAGUUUUUGAAAUAUUAACAAAAAAACGCUAACCAAUCAGAGCGCGGGAAUAGCGCGCGCUCGGAUAUGAGAGUGACAGCUUCGAGCCUGAUGGCUGAGCGUGAACAAGUAUGUUUUCAUCGAGACCGUAUAAUUGCUAACAGAAAACAACAAUUGUGCGACAGCAUUGUUAUGCGGUGUGUAGGUCAAGUCAGGUGAAAUGACCCAGUCACAUGGACGCAUUUUCACCGAAGCAGAAUUAUUUUUAAACAUGCUUGUUCACGACGCUCAGCCGUCAGGCUCGAAGCUAUUACUCUCGUGUUUAGGCGCGCGCUAUUCUCGCGCUCUGAUUGGUCAGUGUCUUUCAUUAAUAAUUCAAAAACUAAGCUGCAGUCAACAUUUUGGUAAUGGAAAAAGUUGUUCAGUAUCACCUCAGCUACCACUUCCCGAAAUUAUACCCACCAGUAGCUGAACACUUUGCAUUAAUAUUUUCAUAUUACAUAACUCCUUCAGAGGUCUCUUCUUAUGCGCAGCCGGAAUUGACUGCACACGUUUUCUCAUCUUCGUAAAAUGUUCUUCAGUCUGUUUAGUUUUCUUGCCUUUAUUCGUUCUUUCACGUAAAUUUGUAUAGUGCGGCAAGUGGUAUGGCCGAAUUGCUUUUAGAUCCAAACAUUCGAGGUUGGGUGUUCUUGCCUAUUGUUGUGAUUACCUUUCUCGUAGGAAUUAUUCGACAUUAUGUUUCGAUAUUGCUUGCUUCACAGAAGAAAGUCGAGGUUCAUCAAGUACAAGAUAGUCAAGUGAUGAUACGCUCUAGAUUACUUAGAGAAAAUGGUCAAUAUAUUCCAAAAAUGGCAUUUAUUAGUAGAAGACAUUUCUUUAAUAAUGAAGAAACAGGGUAUUUCAAAACUCAGAAGCGUGCUCCUGUCUCCCAAAACCCAAUGACAGAUCCUAAUAUGAUGACAGAUAUGUUGAAAGGAAAUGUUACCAAUGUUUUACCAAUGGUACUGAUUGGUGGAUGGAUUAACUGGAUGUUUUCUGGUUUUGUUACAACCAAAGUGCCAUUUCCUUUGACAUUACGUUUUAAGCCUAUGUUACAACGUGGUAUAGAGUUAGUUACCCUUGAUGCUGCAUGGGUUUCAUCUGCAUCUUGGUAUUUCCUCAAUGUCUUUGGAUUACGUUCCAUUUAUACACUUGUUCUUGGAGAAAGCAAUGCUGCUGAUACUUCUAGACUUCUACAGGAUCAGGUAUCUGGGGCUGCAAUGUCUAUGCCACCAGAUCCAAAAGCUGCAUUCAAAUCAGAAUGGGAAGCAUUGGAAAUAUAUGAACAUAAUUGGGCAUUACAGGGUGUUGAAGCGGACCUUAUAGGAUCUCAAAGAACAGACUCAAGUGAAUAUAUCGAAUACUGCGCCAAUGUUUUGUGCUUCUAUACCAAAAUGGCAACUCUCACGAAAGUUGUGCAGGCUUCAAAAACAGUAAAUAAUGUUACAAAAUUAUUCACAAAUUUGUCACUGUCUCCUUCAGUCAGUCCGAUUUCUAGCCCGGUAUACGUUCGAAGGGUACCGACUUUUCAAUGUGCUCUCUUACAUACUACAUUAAAACAAAAUAAUUUAAUGGAAUUUUUUGAUGAUCCAAAGAAUUGGGGAAAAGAUAAAAUAAAAGUUGGACGUUCCUGGCAAAAAGAUGAAUUAAGAUUGAAAAGCAAUGAAGAUCUUCAUAAGCUAUGGUUUGUAUUAUUAAAAGAACGUAAUAUGCUUCUAACAAUGGAAGAGGCAUACAAGCAAGAAUGGAAAUAUUUCCCAAAUCCAGAAAGGCUUGAUAAAGUUGAAGAUAGUAUGCUUAAUUUAGAGUCAGUAGUUCGUGAAAGAAAUAAAGCAUAUCAUAUGCUUGAAACAGGAACAACUGGAGAACGUCCUGCUGAAUUAAGAUAUAAUCCUCUUGGUAUACGUUCGUGUUAUCGUAUGCGACAGUAUCGUAUACCAAGAUUUAUGAAUUCAAAAUGGCAUAAAACCCAUAAGUUUAGUUAUGGAGGUUCUGCAGUACAUAAAUUUUUACGAUUGUACAGAGAAAAAUUAUGGAAUAUAAAACGACGUGCACGAAAUCGUCAAAAUAAUCAAGUGGCUGUUUUGAUGCGAAUUUUCCCAAAUCUUGACCUGGAAGCUGUGAAAGAAAAGUAUCCAGACGCGGAUAUUGAAAAACUACAACGAAAUCGUAAAUCAGAUGGACAUUUCGUUAGAGAAUAAAAUAAUUCUUUCGUUCCACGGUAUAUUCGAAAUUAUGAAAGUUCUUUAAUAUAGAAGGUAAAUUCUUUAGAUUGCAUGUUAAAAUCAAAUUCAGAUUAUAUUAUUAGAACAAGUGUUUAAAACAGUUAUAAGCUUUAUCUAAUUAUUAAACUUUACAGUACUUGGUUCUAUUUCAAAUAUUAUCGAUUAUCAACAUUAAUUAAAUAUUUUGUAAAUUCAAAAUAAUUGAAAAAUAGAUUAGGAAACAACUUGCAAAGUAUAAAAAAAAAAUACUGCAUAGCAUUUAAUGAUUGUAUAUAAUAAUAGGAACUAAAUAUUUUUACUUAAAUAUUAUAUGAUCUUUCAUAGUGUGUUGAUUUGCAAUCUGUUACCAUAUUUUAUUUAAAAUAUAAUUAAAAAUCAAAUAUAUGAAUACAGUAUAUUGUAGGAAGAAGAAACACACAACUUUACUUUUAUUCUCCUGACUAGUUACAAUUUUAUUUAUAUUUUUUUCUCCCUUCCCUUUAAGUUUGAUGGUCAUGUAUGGCGCUGUUCACAUUGUGCAAAAAUUCCAUGACUGUAACAUUUAUUAAGAAACAUGCUUACGCAAAGCAUGUUAAAAAGUAUAGUAUUUUGACUCUUUAAACGCGCUAGAAACUAACAUACGGAACCGAUAUUAUUACCAAUUUUAUCGUGUAGUAACAUACACAAAUUUCAUAUUACAAUCAGAUAAAUUAAUAAGUCCCGUUAAUGUAAUUCUUUAUCAUUAAAAUGUUUUAUCACAAUUAUUCGUAACUACAUAAAAUGAUGCAUAUAUUGUUACAAUUUUAUUCACAUUUAUAAAUUGCAUCCGUUUAUGUAGUUUUGGUAACGCAUAAUCUUAGAAACAGAAAUAUAUGAAGUUGCCAGUUGAAAAAUAAAAGAUCAAUUUACUUGUAAAAAUAGAAUCUCUUUGGUAAAUCAAAUUCUUUUCGCUAGUUUGGAUUACUGGAUUAAUUUUGGAAGUAAACAAGAUUUACGAUAACAGAAUAUAUCGCGUUAGAAAGAAAUAAAAUUGUCGAUUAAAAAUAUCGCCAUUAAACAAAAGCACCUUGAGAUCAA